GAAUUUCAUUAUGACAAAAUUGUAAAAAACGUGAUGAGCUGAGUAAUAAGAUUACAAGUUAAAUUAUUUAUAAUUAGAUAGUCCGCGACCGCCAAUAACUUAUCUUACUAAUUAGUUACUACUACUAGACGACCUAUAUUUUAUAUUAUUGAAAUAUUGAAAGCUAAGGAGGACAAGAUAAAAAAAAUUGCGUACCAACCAUGAUAGAAGACCGUAGUAAUUUACAAGAAGAUGAAUUUCAAAUAUUAGAAUCUAAACACGUUAAUUCAAGUUGGUUGAGCCCAAACUGGUUAACGUGGAAUAAAUAUUCAGAAACUAUGUUAAGAACUUUAGAAAAGAAAAUAUUACAAAUACUACGAACUCCACAUCGAGGUUGGUAUGUUGACAUAGGGCCUGUUGUAGGUCCUGCUGAUAAAAUAUGGACUAUAUCUUUUAACACCGAAUCCCCAAAGACACCGUUAGUGCUUUUUCAUGGUCUUGGAGCAGGAGUUGCAUUAUGGUGCUUAAAUUUAGAUGCUUUUGCAGCAACAAGACCUGUGUAUGCUAUUGAUCUAUUAGGAUUUGGUAGAUCAUCUCGACCAAAUUUUAGUAGUGACAGCUCCGAAGCAGAGAAACAGAUGGUCAAAUCUAUAGAAGAAUGGCGUAAAGAGAUGAAAUUAAAUGACAUGAUUAUACUAGGACAUAGUAUGGGUGGAUUUUUGGCAGCCUCCUAUUCAAUAUCUUAUCCAAAUCGAGUGAAACACUUAAUUUUAGCAGAUCCAUGGGGUUUCCCUGAAAAACCUAACGAACUUAAAGAAGUGCCUUUGUGGAUUAAAACUAUUUCGUACAUAAUGCAGCCCUUUAAUCCUUUGGCUGGUAUUAGAGUAGCUGGUCCUUUUGGUCCAUGGUUUAUUAAUGCUGUAAGACCAGACAUUUCAAAGAAGUACUUAGUCGCUUUAAGAGAUCCCAAUUUAAUACCAGAAUACAUAUAUCAGUGCAACUGCCAGCAUCCCAGUGGUGAGAGCGCUUUUCAUUCAAUGAUGGUGGAUUUCGCGUGGGCUAAGAAUCCUAUAGUAAGGAGGAUAGACAAAUUAAGCCCUACUAUUGCAAUAACUUUGUUGUACGGAUCAAGGUCUUGGACAGACCAUUCUGCAACAGAUAUCAUAAAAGAGAAGCGAAUCCAUUCGUACUUCAAGUUACAGGUUGUUAGUGGAGCUGGCCAUCAUGUUUACGCUGACAAACCAGAAGCAUUCAAUCAAAUUGUCUUAGAUGCUUGUAAUUACAGCGAUGGUGUAUCGAGAAAUAAUCUAGCUCUGAUGCCCCCCGAUAGUGGGGGCGAAUCGGAUGCAGAAAGCAAUGCAUCAGAUUCAAAUAAUAGACACUGACGUUUUUUAAACGCAUUAAAUUCAUCUGUAAUAAUAUUUCCUUAAUUCUUUUUGUAUAUAUUAAUUUCAUUCUUUAAAGAUACAAAAUUUUGAUAUUUUAUUAAGACAUAGUUUCAAUGAGAAAUCGUAUAUUUAUGUACUUUUGUAAAUAAGCUAAGGAGAAUUAACUUCACACCAAAUAUAUAUAAUUUUUAUUUUUAAUUUAUUGUCAUUGUUCAGUGACGCUACAUAUUUUAAGAUGUGACCUAUUUAUUUUGUUAUAUCGUAUUAUCGUAUUUAUUAAAAUUAAUUUGUGGUUGUGGGAUGAUUCAAGGUUGUAUUUAAGCAAUAUAAAGAUAUUAAUCGUUUUUUAAAUAAACAAAUAAUGGAAGCCAAGAAAAUAUAUGAAUAAUAAUCAACAAGAAUUGUGUCACUAAAUGAAAUAUUUUUGUACAAAAAUUUUAUUUUUAAUUUUUAGAUCUUUAAAAUAUUACACGAUUGUAAUAUUUCUCUAAGGUUUGUAUUUCAAAACAAUAUAGCUUUAUAAUUAAUACAAGUUUAUAUGUAUUUAAUUGAUUAUGUGACACAAUUUUGUAUUUAUACAGGUAUAUUGUAUUUAGAAUCCAUACAUAUUUACAAUAUUAAAUUCUUAGGUCAGUCCACUUUUUUUUUAGUUUUAUAACGUUUAAAUAUAUAUUAUGCAAUAAAAAAUUGUUAUAAUACACACAAUGUUAUCAUGUUUAUGCUGCCAUUUUAUAAACAUCCAUGAAUCAUUUGACGAAAAUAUUAAAUCACAUUAAAUGUAAGUUAAAAAAACAAACUGUUUUUUAUAUAUUUUAUCGAUAACUCAGCAGAAAACUGUGAUAAAGAA